AUGACGCAACAGAUUGUACCUUCGUCAGGCGUCAUUGCCUACAAUAUUACCUUGUUAACACACAGCAUGCGAGCGAUCCAACUAACCAAGUUUAUUUUAUAUACUUCUGUCUUCGUUAGUUCUACGAUCGCAAUCUGGGAUCCAUCAUCAUUCAACCCUUCGCGCCAAAAGCCACUUCUUGACCAUAAGGAACAUCAAUCCAUGAUGGACAAGAUCUUGUCUGGCAUCGUGCAACCACAGGGAACAGCCCCGGACGAUGAUGUGAACUCGAAAAGCAGUGAUACUCCCGUCAUCUCAGACGUUCUGCCCAAGACCAAGGCCAUCAACAUCUUCGCGCGAUUGACCCGUGACUUUGAUGCAAUCGCCAAUCGUCUCAACAACGGUUCUAAGAACAUUACUGUUUUGGCGCCUCGCAAUAGUGCAAUUCAGGCUCUUCCUCGCAAACCAUGGGAGAAUCCAGCAGACUAUGAGAAGUUUGGCGAGGUGAAUGCGUACGAGGGCUCAGAUGGUCAGGACCGGGCGAAGCGCAAUCUACAGCGGUUUGUCGAAGCCCAUAUUAUUCCUGUUAGUCCUUGGAGAGUUGGUGAAGAGGUGGAAACACUUGCGGGGGAGAAGCUGAAGUGGACUAAGGAGGGUGAUAAGAUGUUUAUCCAACCUGGCAAUAUCGAAGUUGACUCGGUUGCGGAGAAGGUUCAUAAUGGAGAAGUUUGGGUCUUGAAUGAUGUUAUCAACUAUCGUCAAGAAUAG